UAGAUUCCAAACAAGUUCUAUGUUCAUGUUAAUCAUUCGCCGCAGUUUUCUAUCUGGGCUGUAGCGAUUGUCUGUAUUUUUAUUUUUUUAAUAAUAUUACUUAUUCUUAUGUUAUUCUAUUAUUAUUACUAUUAUUGUUGUACCACAACAUCCACUGUAUCGAUUAUAUAGUAUAUUUAAGUGUAUCGAGACGUUAUCGACGGUAAUACGAACACGUAUUUUACGCAUUAUUUUCUCAUACCGAAAUCGUAGAUUAUUGUUGUUGAAUUGCAACAGGGUGAAAUGUGUUUACCCGAGUUGCAAAAACCUUCUGAAGAAUCAUCAGUAUCGGAUGUCGAUGUAGUAGUUGAGGAACAAAGUGAUGAAGAUAAUCAGUCUGUUUCCGAUAAUGAAUCAUCAUCAGAUACCAGUAUAGAUAAUUGUAGUUUGAACAGUUUGAACAGUUGGACAAAUGCACAUAGUUACGACGACAUAUCUAUGUCAGACGACAGUGAUGAUGUAGAUGAAGUACUAAAUGGUCAUGACGAUUCAUCUGAUGAUGACUUUCCUGAUGAACUCUUGGAAGGUGAUGAAGAUAUGAAUGACGAUGAUGAUAAUGAUGAUGAUGAUGAUGAUGUUGGUGGUGACGAAGAAGAAGAGGUUGAAAGAGAUGAUGAGAAUGAUGAUGAUAAUAAUGAUGACGAUGAAGAAGAAGAAGAUGACGAUGUGGUUGCUGCUUUUAUUUCUGCUCGUUCGGAAAAAAAUAGAAACCAUCCACCUAAUUUGUCCGUUGGUAAUGCUUUAAUUGGUGGAAUCUCUUUCCACCCAAACGUAAAUGUCAUUGCUCUUGGUCUUUCAAAUGGUGAUAUCGCUAUGCAUAAAUAUUCAAAUGAAAAAAAUGAACAUCUUAGAACAAAUGACAAUGUUCAUUUAAAAAAAGUAAUGGUAUUAGAAUUUGAUGAAUCUGGUGACAGCAUAUAUUCAGCUUGUAGGGAUAAUAACGUUUCUGUGUCUGAUACAGAAACCGGAAAAAUGAAAGUAUACUUUGAAAAAGCUCAUAGAGCUGGGAGUUUUGUAACUGCACUUUCUUUUAUUAAUGUAAAUACAUUUGCCACUAGUGAUGAAGAUGGUGUUGUUAAUGUUUGGGAUAUACGCGCAAACGGAUGUAGUUUUUCAUUGAAAAAAACCGAUGAGGCAAUUAAUUCUAUGAUAACUAUUGACAAUAGAAGCAAUCAACCAACAUUAGCUUGUGCAUCAGGUGAUGGGACAUUGACCAUUAUUGAUAUAUCAUCAAAAAAAAUGGUUAUCCAGUCCGAACCUUAUAAAUCAUUACUAACCAGUUGUGUAACAAUGAAAAGAAAAACCAAAGUAGUAUGUGGUACUGGUGAAGGAUCACUAAUAACAUUCAAUACAGGAGACUAUAGUGCGUUCAAUGAUGAAUUUCCAUGUGUUGAUAAGGGUGCAGCAGUCAACCGAUUAGUUCCAGUUACAGAAAACAUAAUAAUAAGUGCUUUAGACAACGGAAAAAUCAGGGCUACAAAUUUAUUCCCCAACUGUCAUCUUGGUAUUGUUGGUCACCAUCAGGAAAUGUCUGUUGACCUUUUGGAUAUAUCAGAUAAUGGCCAUUAUAUAGCUUCAACAUCUUAUUUCAGUAAUAUUGUUAAAUUUUGGAAUAUUGCAUUUUUUGAAGAUUUUGAUGUAAAAAAACAUUUUAAGAAAAUCAAUCCAAAAGAAUUUAAUUUACCAUCUUCAAAUGUCGUUAAUGCUACAGACUUCUUUUCAGGUUUAGAAUAAAUGUGUAAAAAUGUUCUUGUGGUGUAUUGUAUAUAAUAAUAUUUAA